GGAACUUCCCUUUUUUUUUUUUUUUUUCACAGACCCAGCAAAAACUGAGCCAUCAACAGCAUUUCUUGUUCCCAUAUCACCCUUCUGAGCACCUCUCUGCCUGCCGAAUUACUAAGGUCAUUACAGUUUAAUUCCAUUUCUCUGCUCCAGACACUAGAUAAGCCCACCAAGCUGGGGUUGCCUCGUUCCGGUGAUGGCUCCCUGUGCCAGCUGCUUCCUGCUGGUGGUGAUGUUUUCUGCCAGCUGCAAAGCCAUCACCUCCUCGGAUCAGAUGUGCACUGAGAAAGAGGCCAACAAGACCUAUAACUGUGAAAAUUUAGGUCUUACAGAAGUUCCGGACACUCUCCCCAACACAACAGAAUUUUUGGAAUUUGGCUUUAAUUUCUUGCCUACAGUGGAAAAUACAACUUUCAGUAGACUCAUAGAUCUUAUCUUUUUGGACUUAACCAGGUGCCAGAUUAACUGGGUACAUGAAGAUACUUUUCAAAACCAUCAUCAAUUGAACACAAUUGUGUUGACUGGAAAUCCCCUGAUAUUCAUGGCAGAAACAUCUCUUAAUGGGCCCAAGUUGCUGAAGCAUCUUUUCUUAACCCAAACAGGAAUAUCCAAUCUCGGCUUUAUCCCAAUGCACAAUCUGGAAAACUUAGAAAGCUUGCAUCUUGGAAGCAACUAUAUUUCCUCUAUUAAGUUCCCAGAAAACUUCCCAAUCCAGAAUCUGAAAGUCCUGGAUUUUCAGAAUAAUGUGAUACACUACCUCUCUAGUGAAGACAUGAACACUCUGAAGCAGGCCACCAACCUAAGCCUUAAUUUCAAUGGCAAUGAUAUUAAAGACAUUGAACCUGGAGCUUUCCAUUCAAAAAUCUUCCAAAGUUUGAAAUUUGGAGGGAGUCUUAACUUGUCUGUUAUAUUAAAAGGUCUACAGAACACUACUACUAAGUCUCUCUGGCUGGGGUCAUACGAGGACACUGAUGACCAAGACCUUACUUCAGACAUGUUUGACGGACUUUGUGAAAUGUCUGUUGAAAGCAUCAAUCUACAGAAGCACUACAUCUCUGAUCUCUCAUCUGCUACAUUCCGGUGCUUUACUCAACUCCAGGAGUUGGAUCUGACGGCACAUCACUUGCGUGAGUUACCCCCUGGGAUCCAGGGUAUGAAAGCUCUCAAGAAAUUAGUUCUCAAUGUAAAUAGGUUUGACGAAUUGUGUCAAAUCCAUGCUGCCAGUUUUCCAUCCCUUACAGACCUUUCUAUAAAAGGCAACAUGAAGAAACUCGACUUCGGUGCUGGGUGUUUGGAAAAACUCGAAAACCUUCAGAAACUUGAUUUAAGCCACAGUGAUAUAGAGGCUUCUGACUGCUGCAAUCUUCAGCUCAAAAAUCUGCGCCACUUACAAUACCUAAACCUGAGCUACAAUGAGCCUCUUACUCUCCAGAGCCAGGCGUUCAAAGAAUGUCCUCGGCUAGAAGGUCUAGAUUUGGCAUUUACCCGCUUGCACAUGAAGGGUCCACAGAGUCCUUUCCAAAACCUCCAUCUCCUUCAGGUUCUGAAUCUUUCUUACUGCCACCUGGACACCAGCAAUCAGCACCUUCUAGAAGGCCUGGAGGGUCUCCGCCAUCUAAAUUUACAGGGGAAUCACUUUCAAGAUGGGAGUAUCUCAAAGACCAGCCUACUUCAGACCUUGAGCAGCUUGGAGAUUCUUAUUUUAUCCUCCUGUGACCUCCUCUCCAUAGACAAGCAAGCGUUCCAGAGCCUUGGGAAGAUGAAUCAUGUUGACUUAAGCUACAACAGCCUGACAGGCAAUAGCAUUGAUGCUCUUAGUCAUCUUCGGGGGAUCUACCUCAAUAUGGCCGCCAAUAACAUCCACAUCAUCCCAUCUCCUCUCCUUCUCACCUUGUCCCAGCAGAACACCAUUAACUUAAGUCACAAUCCCCUGGACUGCACCUGUUUGAAUAUUCAUUUUAUAACAUGGUACAAAGAAAACCUGCAGAAAUUUGAGGGCUCGGAGGAGACCGUGUGUGCAAACCCCCCAACUUUAAGGGGGGUUAAGCUGUCUGACGUCAAACUGUAUUGUGGUAUUACGGCCGUGGGCAUUUUCUUUCUUGUAGUAUUUUUAUUCUUGGUUACUGUUCUGCUCAUUUUUUUCAUUAAAUUCCUUCUGAGGUGGAAAUACCAGCACAUCUAACAUUGAAGGUUUCUAGAGAUGGCAAGUAAGUGUGUUUAGCGAAAUUGCCCCAAGUAAAGGAACUUGUUGUGCUCCUUCUCAGUCUGUCAGACUUUUCAGACUGGUUCCUGCAGCUGGGCAGGGAUUCUCUGUGCUUCUCUGAGUCCUAGAGCUAAUGAACCUUCCUGGAACAUAAAUGGACCAGGGCCAGGGGGCCAAGCAGCAGCUGUGAGAGACACAGAGCUGUUUCUUCACAUGGAAGGUGGUUGGAGGACCUGUGGCAUGGAAAAGCCAGGAGAGGAAUGUGCUAAGAGGCUAUCUCCCUUCUGCUUGUGGACACCCCCUCGAAGCAGCUUCUACCCUGACCCUAAAAGGAAAUCAACUCUCAUAACCAGGCAGUGCUGACUGCCCCAGCCCAAACUCUGCCUCCCACAGCUUGGACAUCAUGCUUGCCUCUGAGUCCUCAGUAAGGCAGUCGCUUGAAAAACUUGUUGGCAACAAAGUCUCAAUGCUUAUUUUAAAUGAAAAAGGGAAUACACAGUGAAUUUAAAAGAAGAAGCUGAGAAAUGAAUCUUGACAUCAAAUCAGCUACACUAAUCUCCUUAAUCCACAAGUCUCUACGGCCUCUAGGAAGCCACUCAGAGUACAAAUAGCUACCAAAAAAAAAAAAAAAAAAAAAAAUGCAACCCCAUCAGCUCUGUAGCCCCCAAGGUGUAAAAGUUUUGCUGCAUUGGCCACUCUCUCUUCAGAACCCUUGGAUGUUCCUUCUCCCUAUCCAGUGUGUUUGCUCUUAUGCUACAAAUGCUCCUUACACAUAGGCUGUGGUUCAAAUGCUCUUCUCAUUUGGAUGUCUGGCCCUUAAAAGCUUCUUUCCUACAGGAACUAUGAAAUAAAUGGUGGUUUGGUUCCCAGGCCAGCUCUCAAAAGUCUAUUCACCUGGGACAGCAGUUGAGACAGCGCAUUUACAGUGAACACCAGGUGAAGAAAGCAUCUCCGUACACUAGCUGUCUAGAACACAAGAAGCUGGCUUAGUGAGCUUCUGCUGAGGCUGGGGUGUCAGAGAUGGUCAUACCAGAGGAAAAGAGAGGACAAGACCAUUGAAUGUAGACAGAGAGAGAGAGGACAGGGAAGGGGAAGGUGUUAUGACUUUGGCCUUACAAGGUCCAAAGGGUCAUACUUAUGGAGGGCUUGACCUUCUGCAGUUUGCACUGGCUGACCGAGAGUUGAAAUCUCUACUCAGGCGUUACAUUUAUAUGGCCUGGAAUUCUAGAACUAAUAACAUUGGUUAACUUUCAUAUCCAACUGGAAUAUAUUAGCUCUUCAGGUGAGGGCAUAAGAGGGGAACAUAUUAAGGGUGGAAACGUGGGGAGAGCAAGCUCUCUUUACCUCUGUAUCCUCGAGAACAGCAAGAAAGACAGGGAAUAGUGAAGAAAUGCCACAAACCUCUAUUGCGAAUGCUCUGCUACCCUUAGGGGGAUUUUUUUGCCUGUAGUAUUCGGUGGGAGGCCAGGUUGUCUCAGUUGUUCUUGGUUAAGAACACAAGGUGGGGCCUAAGGUAAAAUGAGAGAAGCAUUUGCCUUGGGUGCAAAAUUUAAAGGGGAACCAAAAAACUCAGUGUGCAAGACAAAAAUAUUUUAAUGCAAUAUUAAAAAGGCUUCAGGUUAAUGAAAGAAAUCCAUGGUAAGUAAAAUAUCAAAGCUUUAAAAAACAGGAUCCAUAAUAAUAGCCCCAUGCUGAACCACAUUAGAACCUGAGGAAAAAGGAAAGAUCAGUAAUGCUGAUCCCGCCUUUGUUUAAAAUGUUGAUAAUUUGUUCACAUUUGAGAUUUUGUAUCAGUUUUCUACUUAAUGUCACAUUAAAAUACUAUCUUCAUUA